UGGAACAUAAACAUGGCAUAUUUCAAACUGACAGAACGGUUUUUACAUACUUGAUCGCACGGUCAUAUUUCCUUUUUUGACAGUGAAACAUGUAAUAUUAGAACUUAAAGAUUUUUUAAUGGAAAAACAUUCAAAAUUGCGUGCACUUAACAAAAACGAAGAAGAAAUUUAUUGUGUUAAUUAUGACGAAGUCUCGAAUUCUCCUCCAAUUUGCAGUAAUGACGUUUCUCAGUCAAUCGGUCUGUCUAUAGAAGUGGAAAUAGCAGACAGUUUAAAGAAUGUAAUGUCGCGUCCUGAAAAACACAACUCUUCGCUUUUGGAUGUUACCAUUGUUCGCCCGAAUCACUUAAAUCGAUUCUCUGGAAAGCAAAGUGUAACCAUAAGAGGCAGCGAAAUCCAAGAUUUGAUAUUGCGCAUGGAAAAACAAAAGCGGGAAAAAGAGUUAUUAAUUGCAGAUCUCAAAAGAGUUCAAGAUACUCGUAUAACUAAGAAACAUGAAAAGAAGCGGAAACCUAAUCUGAACGCGGUGCGAAGUAAUAACGCCGUUGCAAGUGACAAUAAAACGAAGCGCAUCUCUGAAGAGAAGCCUUUUGUAAACUCUGCACCCACAUCAAUCCUACAGCCACUCAUGGGUCAAAUUAGAGAAUCAUUACGACACUUAGAAGAAAGAAUUUUAGCGGUCGGAGAUCAUAAAGAGAACAUAACUCAGCCUAAAGCACAGCCGCAUUCUUUAUUAAAUUGUGACUUGGUGGAUGCGCUUCCGAGAAGAAAACAAACUAAAAAACAUAUGCGUAAACUUCAGGGUAAUGUGCACGAGCGCAAUCACCACGUCUAUACGACUGUACACACAUUCGACCGGUUGAAAACGUUGCUAUCUUGUCAAAAUGCAAACGCGCGCGAUGUUGAGGACGACAAGCCUUGUCCAUGUCAACACUGUGGAAUGGUUCAACUUCUAGUAGAAUCGCAGAAACGACCUAUAAUGCCCACUCUUCCUCUGAAAACUCCAUCUGGAGUUUGGCCUCAAACUGAAAAUCGGGAAGAUCAGGAAUCAAGCGAGACAUCCUUGGAAGAUCCGUACAAUAUCAUUCGGGAGUUGGCACUUCGUCUCAGAGCUUUGGAGGAGCGCGUCGCCCUUCAAGAACGUUCUACCGUCCCUAAAGACUACUUUAAACGAGUCAUCAAAAGAAUUCUCGAUUUACAGGCCACAAUAUCUCAACGCAACCAGUGCGAUGUCGGUGCCCAUACUGCAGGUACUCAGUAUAAUUUCAAUCAAUCUGAAGAAUUCGAUCGGCGCAGCAGGAGUAAAAUACGACAACGCAACGUACAAAUACAACAAGGGUAUGCGAAACGCUAUUACGUAAGCCCAAUGUUGGAAGAAUCAUCAAGUCAAAAAAUAUUUUCUGCAAUUAGCAGUCUUUUUCCUAAUCUUAACUAUGAAAGGAUCAAUGAUUGCUUUCUGAAAUGGGGAAAAGAAGCUAUUAAUCCGGGAGCGGACUUAAAAGCUAAAAUUAUUGACCUUCUGGACGAAAAAUUACUAAACAGUUCAAACUUAAAAGAAACUUUGAAACCCAGUACUUCUUCUGGUGAGACUUUAAGAAAACUGCUGGAAUUGUUAUCUACUCAAGAUAAACUUCCUACAGGGGUAGACAAUGAGGUGGAUUUUUCAAAGUUAAGCUCGGAAAUUGGAAAACCAAAUUUAGCGAGAGGCGUUUUGGAUAAACAUUCCAAAAGGCAUCGCUCUGGUAUUCCUAUAAGAAUCGGAAAUAUAUCUGUUGGCGAUGCUUGCAUCUCAACCCCGAAAAAUGAAACCCGCAGCGCCCGUAUUUCAAAAUUAAAGACAAAUAAAAUGGACAAAGACACUAACGCUGAUGAAGCUAAACUUACCAGUGAACAUGUUGUAAGAGUGACUUACGUAAACCCUCAUGUGAAAACGUGGAAAGACUUGUCUUCGAACUCUGAAGCUGAAGUUUUAACAGGAAUACAGGAGAUGUCAUUGCGUUCAUCGAGCUCGUUUCAGUUACAUUCUGCAAACACUGAAAACAAAGAACAACCCACUCGGCUUCUCAAAAACUAUUCCCUUUCAGAGAAGUUGAAGCUCCUAAAAAAGGUGGCAAGUUCCGAAAUAACUAAAUUAGAAUUGUGGACUUACAUUUGGAAUCAGACCAAAACGUACUGCAAGUCAAAGGAUGACACCAUUAUCGUACAAGUUCCCACACGGAAGGAAAAAGGACAUGCCGAAAUAAUUGAAGUGGAAUUUACUAUAGAAGAUGUACAACAGUUAGUUGAAAAUCCGAAACUGUUGACCACAAAAAGAAAUUCCAAUCAUUCCUCACAUCCUAAAAGUGUUAAGUCUUUGUUAUUAAUAAAACGUAAAACGGCAGUUAAUAAAUGA